AACAUAGCUUGCCAGUUUAGUACUCUAAUGGUCUCCUAGACCCACACAAUUCAGGCCCUUACGGUCACCGAACGUUUUCUCCAUCACUCUCUUUUCAAUGCAAUUGCAUUUAACAUGCCGAAACUCCCAAAAUAGUUAAAUUUUUUUUUAAUACUACUACCAUGUAAUUAGCUGUUGUCAAAAUCACCUAAAAAUUCAACACCCACUAUUCAAAAAGAUUUAAUUUGGGGGUCUUCAGUUUUGUCUUCUAUAGUAGAAGGUAGAACUACUGAUAAACAAGGCGUAAAAACGAGUGAGACAAAAAGUUAAGCAUGUUGAAGAGUUUAGCAAUUGCAGGAAUAUCAUUAUUUUCAAUGCAAAAUAUUAUAGUUGAAGCCGAAGAUUAUGAAUUUGGGACUUUUGAAUGGUUUUUGUAUGCGGGUAUUUCAUGUUUUCUUGUAAUAUUUGCUGGGAUUAUGUCUGGUCUUACUCUUGGUUUGAUGUCUCUUGGCCUUGUUGAGCUUGAAAUUCUUCAGAGAAGUGGUUCUUUGACUGAGAAGAAACAAGCAGCUGUUAUUCUACCAGUUGUCCAGAAGCAGCAUCAACUUCUUGUGACCUUGCUUUUAUGUAAUGCUUGUGCGAUGGAAGCACUGCCUAUUUACUUGGAUAAGAUUUUCCAUCCUUUUGUAGCUGUUGUGCUGUCCGUUACCUUUGUUCUAGCUUUUGGAGAGAUUAUUCCACAAGCCAUUUGCACAAAAUAUGGACUUGCUGUUGGUGCAAAUUUCGUUUGGCUUGUGCGUGUACUUAUGAUAAUUUGCUAUCCCAUAGCUUAUCCUAUUUCAAAGGUCCUGGAUGCAUUGCUUGGACACGAUACUGCACUAUUUAGGCGAGCUCAAUUAAAAGCCCUUGUCUCUAUACAUAGUAUGGAGGAGGGUAAGGGUGGAGAACUUACACAUGAUGAGACAACAAUAAUCAGUGGAGCACUGGAUUUAACAGAGAAGACAGCUGAAGAGGCAAUGACACCCAUAGAAUCAACAUUUUCCUUGGAUGUAAACGCCAAGCUUGAUUGGGAAGCUAUGGGGAAAAUACUUGCACGUGGACACAGUCGUGUUCCUGUAUAUACUGGGAACCCAAGAAAUGUUAUUGGAUUGUUGCUGGUAAAGAGCCUACUCACAGUACGACCUGAAACAGAAACCCCAGUCAGUGCUGUUUCUAUUCGCAGAAUUCCUCGGGUUCCGGGAGACAUGCCACUGUAUGAUAUCCUAAAUGAAUUUCAAAAGGGAAGCAGCCAUAUGGCUGCUGUGGUGAAGGUAAAAAGAAAAUGCAAGGAGCCAGUCAGCAACAAAGAAUGCUUUGAAACAAAAAGUGCAGGCACAGUGAUUCCUGAAUUAUCAGCCCCUUUGCUUCCUAAAGCUGACCGAAAAUCGGAUGGUGUUGUUCUUGAUAUCGGUCAUUAUCCAAGGGCAGGAAAGAAGAAUAAUCAAACUGCUAGCCAAAAUGAUGAUACAUCUUAUGGUUCUCUUGAUUAUUCUGAAGAUGCUGAAGAUGGUGAUGUAAUUGGCAUUAUUACCCUGGAAGAUGUCUUUGAGGAACUUUUACAGGAAGAGAUUGUUGAUGAGACAGAUGUGUAUAUUGAUGUACAUAAAAGAAUACGAGUGGCGGCGGCAGCAGCUGCUUCAUCUGCUGUAAGAACUCCAUCAGGUCGUAAGCUAAUCGGUCAAAAGGUGGGAGAGCAAAACAAGCACGUCCAAGCUGCAAAGAAGUCCGAGCAAAACGCCCGCAGCAAAUGAUGCCUAGAUAGGUUUCAGCCCAGAGACAAGAGCUAAACUUGCGGCUUGUGAAUUUUUAUCUGUGUAUUCUUUGAUCCUCAAAUCUGUAGCUAAUACUUAGUAACACAGUCCCACGAGAAUUAGCAUGAACAGAGUAAAGUUGAUCUUUUUCUAUACUAUAGGAGCUAGAUGAUACUGUGUUUUGAGUUGUUAUAGGUAGAACAGUAUCUGUUACGUGAUACGUCAGCGGACUUGCAGUCAGACCAAUCUGGAGAAGACUGCACUGAUAGGUUUUUUUUUUUUUUUUUUUUUUUGAAGGAAACGUACACGGAUCUAAAAGACCCCCUAUUACACCACACUAUACACCAUUUACGUCGUGAUGUUAUUGUUAAGACAACCACUUAGAUAGCGAAUCUGUGUUUGUUUUACUAAAAAAUGGCCAAUUAGGUGGAUUUGCUGCAGAUAAUUUGAAUUAUAGGCCAUAUGUGCUUAAUAAAAUGCAUCAGUGAUGCUGACUUUUACAUUAUAUUGCACUACUUAGUUACUUACCAGCUUUUUGUACUAAAAAAUGGCCAAUUAGGUGGAUUUGCUGCAGAUAAUUUGAAUUAUAGGCCAUAUGUGCUUAAUAAAAUGCAUCAGUGAUGCUGACUUUUACAUUA